UGAUAAAUGUGACAAGGACCUCUGUGGUGUAAUCACUUCUGUAUGGCCGGUGUAAUGGAGGGGAAGUACAUCCUUGUGUUCCUGUCAGUUCUUGUGUCUUGUACGGCAACACAGCGCCCCAACAUUGUCUUCAUAGUUGCAGAUGAUUUAGAUUCAAAUCAUAUCCUGUCACCUUCAAUUACAAUAAGGGUGGGACGAUGUUGGUUUCCGAAACCCAACCAUGAAGACUCCUAACAUCGACAAACUGGCGACAGAGGGGAUCAUCUUUGAGAGCGCCUAUGUCCAGCCUUACUGCAGCCCGUCUCGCACGGCCUUCAUGAGUGGAAUGUUUCCAUUCAAGGUGGGCAUGCAGCACAAUGUUCUGAGCGAUGUUCAGGCUGUGUGUGUGCCUCUCAACUACACCUUCCUGCCACAAGAGUUGAAGAAACUCGGCUAUGCUACCCAUAUGGUCGGCAAAUGGCACCUUGGUUUCUGCAAAUGGGAGUGUACACCGACGUACAGAGGGUUUGAUACGUUCUUCGGCUACUACAGUGCAGCGGAGGAUUACUUCAAUCAUAGCAAGGGUGCCUAUUUAGACUACCGGGAUAACGAACUUCCUGCUUGGGAUUACAAGGGAGAGUAUUCAGCUUAUACAUUCGCCCAGAAAGCUGUUGACAUCAUCCACCAACACAACGUCUCCCAGCCUCUGUUCAUGUACCUGCCCUAUCAGAAUGUACAUGGUCCCAUUGAGGUUCCCGAAAAGUACUUCAACAUGUAUCUUAAUGUGAUAAACCAAGGUCGCAGGACAUAUUCAGGAAUGGUGUCUGCCCUCGACGAAGCAGUUGGGAACGUAACAAAGGCACUUAAGGAGAAGGGGUUGUUUGAAAACACGCUCAUUCUGUUUACAGCUGAUAAUGGCGGUCCUAUUGAAGCUUAUGCCAGCAACUGGCCUCUGAGAGGAGGGAAGCACACGAUCUGGGAGGGAGGCACGAGGGGGGCAUCCUUCAUGUAUGGCACCGGACUAAAGAAAACCAAGACAACUUAUAAUGGAAUGAUGCAUGCUGUAGACUGGAAGCCCACCUUGGUGUCAGCAGCUGGUGGAACGCCUGGGACGUCAAUCGAUGGUAUAAGCCACUGGGAUUCUAUCAGGAAUGGCCUUCCAUCGUCAAGGACCGAGUUCAUAUACAAUCUGGACGACUUUGAGCCUGCAAUGGAAGGACAUGCUGGAAUAAGGGUUGGAGACUACAAGCUAAUAAUGGGCUACCCAGGUGGACCGGAUGGCUGGCACGAGCCUAUGAACAGAACAAAGAAUGAUAGAUAUGAGAACACCAUAUAUGCCAAAGGCGAUAGCCCAGUGCAUCUGUACAACAUACGUGAGGAUCCCACUGAGCAUAACGAUCUGGCAGCAAAGAUGCCGGACAUUGUUGACAAACUAAGAGCGCGAAUUGAUGACUACCGGAAGCAGAUGGUCCCCGCCCUUUUCCCUCAUGGGGAUCCUGCAUCUGACCCCAGAAAGUUUGGGAAAGCUUGGAGCCCCGGAUGGUGUUGAUCUUCGACUUGUGUCAAGUUUACUCUGACAAUGUUGGUUCGAAUACCAUUUGAAUAAAGUAGCAUGUAACUAUAACACUAUGUUGGUUCAAAUUCAUUUGCCUGAAAUGCUACAUGAGAAUUUGUUGGUUGAAAUUCAUUUUGAAUUUUGCAUCGCUUGAAAAAUAAAUGGGUGUCAAUAUC